AUGAAUAAUUUUUACUAAAGAUUUGAAGAAUUGCAAAGCAGUGAUAUCACCCCACUUCAGCUGCUUAUUUAGAUAGGCAAGUAAAUGGAAGAGAUUUUAGACUAGCAUCUUGAUUACCAAGAAUACUAAGCAUUUUCUCCAAUCGCAGAGGAGCUCUCUUAUUACACAGUUUAAGUUGUGAAAGGUUAAAGUUCAGGCAAAGCUCUCAACCUACCAAUUAAUCAAACUUAAAGCUAUAUUAAGUUUGGAACCACCUUCGACAUUUAAAGCAAAGACUAUUGGAAAAUAGUUUCAGACUCACUAUAGCAAAACAUUGACAUGCUUCCAGUUCACGAUCAAUUCUAAAUCAUUACUAUUCUAAAGCAAUUCGGCCUUCUCAAGAAUCAAAUUUUAACUAAAACAAUUACAUCAAUUGAACCCUAAUUAGCCUCUCUUGAGUUAAGUAAUCUAUUGAAGUUUUUCGCUAUUUAUUCAAGCGAAGACGCUGCUGCUUCAAUAAUGUAUGAUUCCAAUUUAAUUGAUAAAAUUGAUUUCCUACUGUCAAACAACAUUUCAUUAAUGACUUCAUCAGAAUACUCAUUAGCUAUUUAAUCUAUAUAUACCUUAGAUGGAUAUCACAGUGGUAUCAGCAAGUUCCAACUUUUCAUCUAAAAUUCAGUGCCAUUUGUAACUAGCUGGCUAAAGGAUAACGAUUUAGACUUGGAUACAAUUGGCUAUGCAGCUAGCUCUAUUGUAGAGAAGAAACAAAAUAUUGACCAAAACCUUUAUCAAUAGUUUUUGAAAGCUCUAGAGGAUAAUAUAUUCAGCAACUCAGACAAACUAAAAAUUUAAGAGGCUUGCGUAUUGAUACAGAGCAUUCAUUCAGAAGUAUCUCAGGAAGUAAUUGAGGUAUUAGAUAGAAUUAUUGGUAGAGAUAUUGACAAUAUAUCUAUAAGCUAAAUCAUUCCAACAAUGGUAGCAUUUCUUUAGAGUGGAAAAUCUAGAGACAAGAUUAUUCAAGCUUUGAUCGUUAAGUCAAAGAAAGAGAUGUAUCACUUCACAGCAAACGAAUUGGUUUAGUUAAUCGCAAUAUACACAAAUUUCGGAAAAUAGGCAAUUGAAUCAUUCCUUGAUAUUCUUGAGCCAUAUCUCCUUAACAAAAUAACUUCUCUAGAUAUAGAUUCCUUGAUUCUGCUCAUCAAAUCACUCUAUGGUGAAAAACUGAACAAGCGAUAUACGAUUUUAGAUGAGGCUGAAAAUAUCUUUAUUGCUAACAUUAGUGAAGUACAAUAUGGAGAUUGCGCAUUUUUACUUUACUUUUUUGCGAAAGAGAGAUUUGGAUCCAAGCUUAUGAUUUAAACCCUGCUCCAUAAGUUCGACAUUAAUUUCUUUUAAACAGAUAGAGUGCCCAUCACUCUCAAAAUGCAAGUUCUUGUAUCCAUGAACAUUGUGGGCAAAGAUACUAAAUUUAUUCAUGAUGCAAUCAAAGCUAUCGAUUAGAAGAGAAGUGAUCUCAGCCUUGAUGAUAUAUUCCUAAUUGAUAAAAUUUUAUCUGAGAUUCCUACAACAGAAACAUAGUUCGAUUCACUUAAAGCUUAUUACAAAGAGCAACUCAACACAAGAAUUGAAUGA